AUUGGAAGGAAGCCGGCAGCUGGAAACAAUAGGAAAACUCGAUGCAGCAAAAUAUGAAGAGUUUUUUGUCGUGACAAGAGCCGAUGGACGCUUGGGGGUGACGGACAGCCCGGCGCUGACCUGCGGGGACAGCAGAGAGAAGAAAUCGUUGCAGCAGGAGAAGCCCCUCAAGAUGAGCCGAAGUCCCAAAUGCGCCCGCUGUCGGAACCACGGCGUGGUUUCGUGCUUGAAGGGUCACAAACGCUUGUGCCGCUGGAGGGACUGCGGCUGCGCUUGCUGCCUGCUGGUGGUGCAGCGGCAGCGCGUCAUGGCCGCGCAGGUCGCACUGAGGAGGCACCAGGCUGCGGAGGGUAAGAGAGGUGUCAAAUGUGCAACUUCCUCACAGAGAACUUUGUUUCAGCGCGCUCCUGAGGCAGCAGAGCCAAGUUUGCUGCGGACCAAGAGCCUCCUGCAAGGGCUGACAUCACAGGAGGGUAACGGUUCCUGUUGUUUAAAGCAGACACAGUGUGACCAUGCACGUGUUCCAAGCGCCAGCAUUAGUGCCCGCAUGAGGAAAAGACGAACGUUUGCUGACAAGGAGCUGGAGAACGUGAUGCUGGAGCGGGAGCUCAGACAGAGAGAGUUCCAGAAUGACCUUUCCUUUUCCUACUCCACCUUCCUCCCCACACUUCAUCCGGUGCCUCUACCCAUCACGCCUAGCUUGCAGUCGUUCAACAAAGUCCCUUCAUCUGCAGGGACAUCUAGCUUUGGGUCUGGGUGUAAGCCACUGCAAGACUGUGACUUCCAUUUCUAUCACUGCUUCCAUUUUAAGAACACAUCAUGCACAACAAGUGAGUUCCAGCUCUGCAAAAGCUCAGGGUUAAAUAGAGAUAAGAAGGAUGAGGUGAAGCACGGCUGGAUUUGCUGCGAGAAGAAAGAUACAUCAGAGCUGAUACCUUUGCCUUCACGACAAACUCUCAAACACCGUGGUAGCACUUUGUUGUGUCAGGACCUCAUCAAAGCUCAGUCAAAACCAAGAGAAAUUCAAGACUCAAAUGUCACAUGCUCUAUUUUUGUAUCAGAUCAGGGGAUCCUGGACUUGGCAAAUGUCAGAGCCCCCAGCAGGACCUUGGAUCCGUUAGCGCUGACAGCUAGAGGCCGGUGUGCCGACACUCCUGCUGCCCAGACGCAUCCUGGUGAAGACUCUGUCAAGAGCCUUCCUGGCAGCUCAGGCAGCACUCCAGCUGUGAAGCUGCUACCUUUCUCAGUGGAGGCUCUGCUAAGGGCCUGACAAGCCAAUGGAAAAUACUUGGCUUUGGUUAUGUGCAGGGAUCACCUUGACAUGUGAACUAUACAUGCAGAAACGGUUAGUUGUUUUACACUGACAGGAGCUGGUUUUUAUUCAAACUAGAAUGGCAUUCAGCAGAGUGCAGACCUCCGCCUCUGCUGAGCAAAAAAAAAUAAUGCAUGUGUACCAAAUACUGUCAUGUUUUCCUUGGUCCGAGACCCACCCCUCUACAAAGUGUCACGGGAAUAAAAAGAAUCUUAACAAUCCUGCUCAUUAACAAACAGACGACAACAUGGGCAAUACAAUUAUGUUACAUCAAAAUCGGUUUUGCUGUAUUUUAAAUUGUAUUAGAAUUAUAAUAAUUAGACAAUCUUCGCAUUGUCUGCUAUCAUGUUUAGUAUCAUCAUCAUUAAUAAUUGAUAUCAUGUCAAGUUAAAUUACUCUUACCUGUCUGUAAAUAUUCAUUCACCAAACGAAGUGUGAACAAAACUUUAAGUUUUGAGUGCUUGGGCUUGUGUCUUUUGCAGUGCUCUUACAUACUGUGUUAUGUGUGAGAGAAGGGGCGAGUGAGGGAAAUUUAUCUGUGUGUAUGUGUGCAUCUGUUUUUGUGUGGCAGUGGCAUAUGCUUUGUUUGCUUGCUUUUAUCGUGAAAAGCACUUUGUGCUACAUUCAGUGUAUGAAAAGGGCUAUAGAAACCAAAUCUGAUUGAUUGACUGAUUGAUUAUUUCAUAUAUACUGUACAAGGUGAGUCAGAAAAGUUCCAGGACUGGGGUCAUAAAAGAUACCUUUCAAGGCCAAACUACAAACUUCGAUGUGGGCCAGACAAUCAACCAGCACAUUUACAAAGAGAUCCUGCAGCGUUUGGUUCAUUCGGUGCGACAGACGAAAGUAGAGCUGUGGCAGAGAAGACCAUUGCCGUGGUGGAACAACCUUCCUACUCACCCAACAUGGCUCCAUGUGAUUUUUUUCAAGUUCCAAGUUCAAGGGGGUCAUCAAGGCAACCUGUUUUGAAGAAAUCGGUGACAUCAAGUUGGCCGUGAGGAUGGAGCUGUGGAGGAUCCUGGUAAAAUCCUUCCAGGAGUGCUUGACAGUGAAGACUGGGCAAGGGCAUAGACUCCAGAAGGAUUACGUUGAAGGGGAAAACUUGUAGUUUGGGUUUGAAAUAUAUCUUUUGUGACACCAAUUCUGGAACUUUUCUGACACACCUCGAAAAAUCAUUCUUAGUGUCGCAAUCAUACUGAUGAGGGAAGAUGGUAAAUUUGCCCAAAAGAUGAUGUCAGUGUUGCCAAGGCAACAUUUGUUUUGUAUGCUGAACCUGGCCCAGGCAGUUUGUUUGAAGAUGCAUUUGAUAUAUAUCCGCUUUUUACUUUUUUCUCUUUUUUUUUUCUACGCUACUCUGUAAUCUCUGAGAUGGAGUUCAGAUACAGUUAACAACUCUGGACCUUGUGGCGUCAACACAGGUGAUAGCGCUCUCUUUGUUCGCUCGUAUCUACCAUCGCAUCGGAAUGCUUUUCUAUCUCCUCACAGGUGAGCUGAGGGCUGGCUGGUACAAAGAAAGAAGUGGCUGUGACUUUGAAAGCACUGACUACAUGAAAUUGUGUUGCAUUGUAUAUUAUCAACAGAGACUUGUCCAAAAAUGUACAAUAUCUUUCUUUCUUUGGUGAAAGCACACAUUUUCAUCUUCUGUGAUUAAAAGAUAAGCAUACAUCACAAA